AUGCCCGGACUUCCAGCCAGCGUUGACCUCGACGAAUGCAUUGCGCGACUAUACAAAAAGGAGCUACUGGCGGACUCGGUCAUCGAAGCAAUAUGCGCCAAGACGAAAGAGCUGUUGAUGAAGGAGAGCAAUGUCGUCCACAUCCAAGCGCCCGUCACGGUCGUCGGCGACAUCCACGGCCAGUUCUUUGACAUGAUAGAGAUUUUCAAGAUUGGAGGGUAUUGCCCGGACACAAACUACCUGUUUCUCGGAGACUAUGUGGAUCGAGGUCUGUUUAGUAUCGAGACCAUUUCGCUGCUGGUCUGCUUGAAGCUACGGUAUCCGGACCGUGUCCACUUGAUCCGUGGCAACCACGAGUCUCGCGGUGUCACCCAAUCCUACGGCUUCUACACCGAGUGCAGUCGCAAGUACGGCAAUCCGGCAGUCUGGCACUACUUCACGGACAUGUUCGACUAUCUGAGCUUGUCGUGUGUUAUCGACGACAAGAUCUUUUGCGUGCAUGGCGGCCUGAGUCCGAGUAUACACAGCAUCGACCAGAUCAAGAUCAUCGACCGAUUCCGAGAAAUUCCUCACGAAGGACCCAUGGCUGACCUGGUAUGGAGCGAUCCGGACGGCGAACGGGAUGAGUUUAGUCUGAGCCCUCGAGGAGCCGGCUACACAUUCGGCGCGCAGGUGGUCAAGAAGUUUCUGGAGGUCAACAGCAUGAAUCACAUUUUGCGGGCGCAUCAACUUUGCAACGAAGGAUACAUGGUCAUGUUCGAUGACCGGCUGUCGACUGUCUGGAGCGCACCGAACUACUGCUACCGAUGUGGCAAUUUGGCGAGUGUGCUCGAGGUUGGGCCUGGAGGGGAGCGGAAGUGGAAUGUCUUCGAUGCUGCACCCGAGAACGAGACGCAUAGGAUCGAGCAGCAGCAACAGCAGCAACAGCAGCAUGCUGGAAAUGAUCCGGUGAGGGAUUACUUCCUCUAG